CCUGAUAACCAAACUUCCCUUUUCCCCAUCGCCUUUCGCCAAGGGUAGGGGGGUGUGCAUAGGCAAAAAUUAAACUCUGCUUAAAACUUUCUUAAGUGAAAGUUCAUACGUACACUUUAUUGUGCUUUAAAACUUUUUACUAACGCGUAUUCAAAGCGUGUCGGGGACUUUUUCCAUCGCUAACUUUCACAACAUUUAAGACAACGUAACUUGAUCCAAGAUGAUUGACACAGUAACCGGACCUGGAGCACAGCCAUUUGCUGUUCAGCUGAAGGCCAUGACUGAUCUGGAGGGCAGAUACCAACCGAAACUCAGUGGCUUAAGGCUCAUUGAGGGCUCCCAGGACAACGGCCUCAGAAUGACUACCAGAUUGAGGGAGCUGGAGGUGAAGGACCUGCUGUCUCUGACCAGGUUCUUUGGUUUCAGCUCGGACACCUUCUCACUGGCCAUCAGCUUGCUAGAUCGAUUCCUCUCUGUAAUGAAGAUUCAACCAAAACACCUGUCCUGUGUGGGCCUGUGCUGCUUCUACAUUGCAGUGAAGUCCUCAGAAGAGGAGAAAAACGUGCCUAUGGCCAACGACCUGAUCCGUAUCAGUCAGAAUCGCUUUACAGUGUCGGAUAUGAUGAGGAUGGAGAAGAUAAUCAUGGAGAAGCUCUACUGGAAAGUGAAGGCUCCCACAGCCCUCCGCUUUCUCCGCCUCUUUCACAGCCACAUCCAGGAGCAGCUCGAUGCUGAGAGCAAGACGAUCCUGAGCCUUGAGAGACUAGAAGCUCAACUGAAAGCCUGUCACUGCUCAUUUGUCUUCUCCAAAAUAAAGCCAUCUCUGCUUGCCAUGGCUCUCCUUUGUUUUGAGGCUCAGGAACAAUAUGACCCUGAGCACACUAACAACAUACAAGAAGCCAUUAAAAGUGUGCAGAAGCUUCUAAAUAUAAGAGAUGGGGACCUGGUUUGUGUGCGAGAGCUGGUUGGAAAAUGCCUGGCUGAAUAUGCCACCACCAAGUGCUCCAGGCCCAACACCCAGAGGCUCCGCUGGACUAUUUCAGGAAGAACUGCACGCCAGCUGAAGCACAGCUACUACAAGAUUACUCAUCUUCCAACCAUACCCGAGUCAGCUUGUUAAAUUCAGGGCUACGACUGGGUGGCCUAAUGUGAGGAUACAAAUUACAGCAGUCCCUAAACUGUAUUCAUUCUCUGAUUGGAUAUAAGUUUUGGUGACUUUCUCACAGUUUGGUCACCCACGUACACCUUGACUUAUUUUCCUUACAGAUCUUCAUCACAGAUGGUGGACCUCUUUAAGGAAAUAUUUAUGUUCAGGUUUUUCCCCCAAGUUUGUGUUAUACAUUGAUCAAGCAAACCAAAUUUCUGCCCCAACGAUAAAAAGUAAUUCUCUGUCAGAAAGGUUAGCCUACUACCAUCUUGCAUAGUUUGACUUUCCUGGUUGAGUUGCUUGCACAAGUGUACAGUAUGUUCUUGUUUAAAUCCGUACCCAGGUGGUUGGUAUUUCCUGGAACGGGUUGCUGGUUUAAAGCUAAUAAGUAUGGAACCACCUAGGUCCUCAGUCCACCAUGUGGAAGAGGAGGGAGAAGGAUUUUGUGAACA